UCCAGGAGUUUCAUCAGUUACAUGGAAUCAGGAAACCAAACUCAUGUUUCAGAAUUCAUCCUUUUGGGACUCUCAGAAGAGGCAGAGCUGCAGCCCCUCCUCUUUGGGCUAUUUCUGUCCACGUAUCUGGUCACCUUCACUGGGAACCUGCUCAUCAUCCUGGCCAUCAUCACAGACUCCCACCUACACCUGCCCAUGUACUUCUUCCUCUCCAACCUCUCUUUUGCAGACAUCUGUUUUAUUUCCUCCACUGUCCCAAAGAUGCUGCUGAACAUCCAGAUGCAGAGCAAAGUUAUUACCUAUGAGGGCUGCAUCACCCAGAUGUAUUUUUUCAUGCUCUUUGGAGGAUUAGAUAAUUUCCUCUUGACAGUGAUGGCCUAUGACCGGUUUGUGGCCAUCUGUCACCCUCUGAACUACACAGUCAUCAUAAACCCUAAAUUCUGUGGCCUCUUGCUUCUGACAUCCUGGUUAUUGACUGUUCUGUACUCUCUAUUACAUGGUUUAAUGGUUUUACGAUUGUCUUUUUGUACAGAGUUGGAAAUCCCCCACUUUUUCUGUGAACUUAAUCAGGUAGUCCAACUUGCUUGUUCUGACACCUACCCCAAUGACUUAGCGAUGUAUUUUACAACUGGACUUGUGGGAGUUAUUCCACUCACUGGGAUCCUUUUCUCUUACAGUAAGAUAGUGUCCUCCAUUUUGAGAAUUUCAUCUGCUGGGGGCAAGUACAAAGCCUUUACCACUUGUGGAUCUCACCUCUCAGUUGUCUCCUUGUUCUAUGCUACAGGGCUUGGGGUAUAUCUCAGUUCUGCUGCUACCCAAACCUCCAUGGCCAGAACAAUAGCUUCCGUGAUGUACGCUGUGGCCACCCCCAUGUUAAACCCCUUUAUAUACAGUCUUAGAAACAAGGACAUAAAGCAGGCUCUAAAAAAACUUUUCAGCUGA